UUUCACGGCGAAGCGAACACUUCCUCUUCGUAGAAUCCGCUUCCCUUACCGACAUUUUUAAAGCAAGAAUUUAUUCAUUUUCCUCAAUUUUUUUAUUCUUCUUUUUAACCUCCUCUUUAUCGAAGAAAAGAAGAACACUAGACCGACCAUUCGCUGGACAAAGAAUUUUUAAAUGCAGUUGGCUUGUUAUAUUGGAAACUCAACUCACUUAUCCUGCCAGAUUCUAGGUAAUUAUGGCUCUCUUACUUUCAGUGAAUAAAUUGUGAACUAAAUUACUUGCAUUAAUAGUGGUCAGCACGUGCACACCUCUUCAUAAAUUUAAGUAUCUGGGGUUUUUCAUCACCUUCUGCAAUGAUUGGAGUUGGAAAUUGAUGCUUGUCAUGCAUGCAGUCUAAAUUUCUCAAAGGUUAGAGAGUUCAAGUUUAAAUAACUCCUCUGCCGAGUUUGGAGUGUAUACAAGCAUGCAUGUGUAGAAUUCAAUUGGGGUCAUGUUGCUUUUAUCUCUCUAUUUUUGCCUUAGAGAUGAAUAUGAUUCCUCAUAACAAAUCUUAUCUUCAAGGCUCUUCAUCUAGAUUCUUUCCUCGUGUAGGGGAUUAUUGAGGGAUUUCUUCCUUUAUAGCAUGAAUUUCAAUUGCAUAACCAUCAGAGUGGUUUCAUAUUCCUUGAAUUAGCUUUAUUGACUUAAUGACAGGCCUCUCUCUGUCUAUGUCAUUCUACCAGCUGGAAGUGGAGCAUUAGAUCGUAAAAGUUGAAAUAAGGCUGAGCACCAGUCAUGAUAAAUUUAUGCAAGUUCUGACUUCUGAUAGAUGAUCUGUCAAACCCCCACAUUAAUGCUUAUGUCCAUCUGGAUCAGAAACUUAUGCCUGAUAAUUUUUAGGACUUUUGUUUGUUUCAUCUUCCAUGUAAUUGUGUUUGUUUGCUAUUCACAUAAUUACAGGCAAAAGAAUCUUUUUCCAAUUUAUAUCACUUGCUUUAGAAGCUGUUUAUUUCAUUUUUGUUUGAUCAUUCUCUUUUUUUUUUUGUGAAUCAAAAUCACUAAUUAGUGCUGAAGCCCAUAAGUUUGUUUCCUUCUUUGGAGUGUCAGAUCUCGCCUUUCUAUUCUAGAACACAAAUAAUGUUAUACUUAAUGCAAUCAUUUUUUUUAGUUUCUUUGUAACAAUAUUUCAACGUAACUUGUUUAUUUUUUCAUCCGUAAUGGAUAUUUACCCUCUACUAAUUCUAUCAGAAGGAAGGGAGGGUGGGCAGGAUUUCCUCACCAUCCGGUUUCUCUACAAGUUUCAGUUGUGCACUAGUUAUAUUCUUACGUCUUUGGGUUUGAAUGUGAAAAAUUAAUAAUUAAGUUGGGUGAAUUUAUAAACACAACUCACAUAUCACUUCUGCACAUUCUAUUACACCUCACCAGGACUUCGGACAACAAUUUAUUCAAACAGCCAUCAGAUUCAAGCAAUAGCACCUCGUUGACUUCCAUUCAGUUCACUUGUGGAAAAACACCUAAAACUCCUCAGAAGAAAAGAUCAUGCCUCGGACAACAGAAAUCAUCAAUGCCAAUGGGGACUCUGUUAAGGUGGGAACCACUGGUACAAUUGGCUCCCUGAUGUCACAAGAGUUAGAGUCCAUGAAACAACCAUCACAAGCAUCAUCUUCCUCGCGAAGAAAAUCUCAAACAGGCCCAGUUUCAGUACCCUGUGGUGCUAGUCCUAAGAAAACAUUGCAUAGGAAAAAUCCACCUAAUGAAUCUGGUAGCAGUGGCAGCAGCAGCAGCAGCAAUGGCACAGCUCACAGAACCCCCGGAGAUGCCCAUAAACCCCGACACAACCCCCGGAAAAAUGGACAUCGAGUUCCAAUGCUAGGUUCUGAUGAUAUCGCUAUAGACAGAAAUCCAAAUACAGACAAAGUGGAUAAGAAAGGACAACCUUACAUUGUGGAAGUUGUAGAUCUAAAAUGCAGCAACCCCAUGAGCAGCCGGCUGAAAAAGCUUGGCUUCUCCAAGCUCUCUGAGUCCAUCUCCUAGUCCUGGGGCAGCUUCUUACCAUCUGUUCUCAGGUUUUUGUAUCCAACCUCUUUGAUCCUGUCUGUCUGAACACGGUUAGCUAUCUCUACUGCAGAGCAGAUGCUUGGAAGGAAUCCUCCAAUGCGUACUACCUUCUUCUUCAUCUUCUUUUUCUUCUUCUUUGGAGCUAUGCCACCAGAGCCUGACUUGUUCCUGGUGCUGCCACCGAAGGAAGCGAUGUCCAUACUCGGCUUCUUUUGUUUUUGGCUAGAGACUUCUUGCUGCCCUAGAUGAAGCCGUCUGAAGUACUCAAUCUCCUGUGAGACCAGAGAUCCAAUUGUCCCUCGAGUGCCAACCUCGACUGGAGCUGGUGUUG